AUGGACAUGUUGAAGAAAUAUUUAUUUGGUGUGCUGAGAUUGCCCUUGAGAGGCGCGAUGAUGAUGAGUUGUGGGGGCUUGUCGAGUGGUGUGAUGUCGUGCUCACUUCCCACGGGCCAUGCUCGUUCAAUGCAGAUUUUCUUUCUGCUACUGUUUGAUGGAAAUGCUACCGAGAUUAGAACAUGCUUGAAGGGUGAUGGAAGAAUGUUCACUAGUGCGGGACGUUUCGUUUUUUGUAUAUUUGCUUGCGUUCUUGAGGUAUCUCUUUGGUUGAUACUUGAUAUGCGACUCUCAUGA